ACGUGGUUGGCUGUGCAAAUAGUUUGUCUAGCAGACGACACUUACGUUGGCCUAAAGAAGUUUUGAGUUGGAGAGUACAUGAACUGUGUUAUUCUGUCAAAUUAGAUCUACACACAGAACACUUAUUGUUUUAGGAAUUUUAAACUUGGAUGCUAAAUAGUAUAUUCAUUGCGGAUUUAUUUAAGUGACUAAACAUUUACUCACAAGAUCCGAAUAAAACCUCCGCGGAUUUGUAUAUAUUUGCUUGAAGUACGGUAUUUUAUCUUUCGGUUUGUAGUCUACACAUCAGAGAAGCAGCUGAUUGGAUAAAAUAUGGAAUAGAUACUAUUGCACUGUGCCUUGAUAUUGUGCUUUUGGAUAUAAAUUGAUCUAAAUACUGAAUUCACUCUAAGUCGAAAGUCUACACCUCACGAAAGACUUAGAGCGUAUUAUCCAUUUUCUAAUUGUUGGACAGCGGAAUAUUUUGUUCGUAACAUACUUUUGUAACAAAACAACAACAACAACAACAACAAAAUUGUGUUUUUUGUUCUUACAUCGUCACAAUGAACGGACGACACACCCACAUAUCCGCCAUUUUACUUCUGCUCAUACUUACAGUCUCAGUCACACUGACCGGCGCUAGUGGCCUCUUGCAGGCCUCGCUGUUUGAAGUCGGGACACUUUGGGUCAGGGCGGCCCAAGACCUGAGCGGACGACUGGCUUCAGUGCUGACCACCAUGCCUGACGUAGGCUCCGUCUGCUCGUACGUCUUGAUGGCAGCCGUGCUUCCGGUUCUCUACUUCUGCUACGUGAUAGGCUUCCGGUCGCUGAACCGCGUUCGGAAGCUUGGGGACGUCGGAUACAUUCCGGAAGGGGUUCUCUCCGUGAAGGAGACGGCGAACUAUGUGCAGAAAAGAAGGAAGAUCGGCGACAUUCCCCCAGUCUACCCGAACGGUUGGUUUGGUUUGGUGGAGAGUGACAAGCUGAAGAAAGGGGAGGCCAUCACAGUCAGUGCUGUAGGACAAAACCUGGCAGUCUUCCGGGAUGAGUCUGGCACUGCACAUGUUUUGGACGCCUACUGUCCACACAUGGGCGCCAACUUGGCAGCGGGCGGAAGGGUGGUAGGUGACUGUCUGGAGUGCCCCUUCCAUGCUUGGCAGUUUCGAGGCUUUGACGGGAAAUGUGUCCAAAUCCCAUACACAGAAAAAAUCCCAGAUUUCGCUAAAAUCAAGUCCUGGCCAUGUACUGAAGUGACUGGCUGGGUUUUUUUCUGGCACCAUGCUGAAGGCUUAGAUCCAACUUGGCAAGUACCGUCCGUUGAUGAAAUAGAAUCUGGGAAAUGGGUCUGCAGAGGGCGCACAGAACAUCACAUCAAUGCUCACAUCGAGGAAAUACCAGAAAAUGGAGCUGAUGUAGUCCAUCUGAGCCAAGUCCAUGGACCCAUUAUGAUGGCUGGCAUUGACCUCAGGACCAUGUGGAGCAAAUGGUGGUCUUUCGCCAACCACUCUUGGACAGCAGCUUGGGAACAGUGUCCUGAGCCAGAUGGUCACAUUGGGCAAAUGAAUCUAGUUCACAAGAUUUUUGUCUUUGGAUAUAAUUUGUCUUUAGUGAAUUUAAAUGUUCAAGUCAAACAGAUUGGUCCAGGAAUUGUGUAUUUAACAUUUGACAGUGUGUUUGGCCGAGGCUGCUUCACACAGACAGUGACUCCACAGAGUCCUUUGUUACAGAAAGUGGUGCAUCAUAUAUACUUUAAUAAGUGGAUGAUUCCUCUUGUGCCCAAGUUUUUCUUGCUGUCUGAAGCACUUCAGGUUGAGAGAGACAUCAUGAUCUGGAACAACAAGCAAUAUGAAGCGCGCCCAAUGUUUGUCAAAUCUAAAGAGGAUGCUCUUAUAGCCAAACACAGACGCUGGUAUUCUCAAUUUUAUUCAGAGAACAGCCCACGAAUUUUUAAAAAGGAAGGUUUAGAUUUUUAGGAGUAUUAUAAUAUUAGUUAAAACAUUUUAAUUAGCGAUGAACAUUAAAUCCACUGCUUUUUUUUUUUACUGUGUUACUUUUAAUUUCCAAUGUUUAAAUAAGACAAAAAAAGAAUGUGAUGUUGACAACUUAUAUUAUUUUUGAAUCCAUGAUUGCUGUCAAUUCUACAUAUUUAUAAAAAUAUUUCAUGUUGUGAUAAAUUAUAACUUUUUUGAUACUAAAAGAUGCUUAUAAUGAUUACAAAUGCAAUUAAUGGUUAGAUCUCUAAUACUGGUUGUAAGAAAUGUGUUAUAUAUUUAUUGGAGUCAGUUUUGAAUUCAAAGUUUGACUAGUAUUACCUGAAGUUGUUUUUUUUCCCCUUUUUACAGACAUCUUUUUAUUUUCUUUGACCCGAAAGCUACUAUUGCAAUAGAGUAUGUUUACAGUAAACUACUAAUACAUAGAAAGCUAACAUUUUAAAAAAAUUUCUUAUAAAACAUGAUUUUAUGUUUCUUUCAGAAUGAGAAGAGAAACUUUGAUACAAAUUUUUUUUUUUAAUUGAAAACUGAAUCUAAAACUCAUUUUUGUUUCUGAAAAUGAUUUUUUUAAUGAAAGUACAGAUACUACCAGGUAUAUAGAAGACCCACAUGUACAAUUGAGAAUUUUCAAAGCUUGUAUUUGUUGUAAAGAUAUUAAAAGUUUAUAUUUUUCUAAGCAAGACAUAUUAUUUUAAAUUCAACAUAGUGGUAAUUUGCCUUUUUAUUAAUUUAAAAAAUAAAUAUUUUUUGUUCUGUUACUUUUAUAUGGUUAGGGAGUUAAACACAAUUUUUAAAGCAGGAAACAGCAGUUAGUGGGAGAAAGAGGUUUAGCUACAAAUGAGUGAAAAACUUCUUUGAAGAAUGAGAACAAACACUUGUGAUGAUUGUUUCUUGCAUUUAUUACAACCAGCCUUAAAACUGAAACAACUCUAUUGGAUGUUACGACUGUAUUGAUUUUGUUCUGCUUGUAUUAAUUCUUUUGAAAUGACCAUUUUAAUAUUUGUAUUUUAUAAAAAUGGCCAUAUGCAUGUAUCACUUUUAUUAGCUAAACUGCUAGGGCAUCCUCAAACUAUUUCAUUCUGAUGGUAUAAAUAAGAGGAGAUAACAAAUAUAAAAUGAUAGAAUUGUGGUUUUUGUUUUCUGUUGCUCUCCCCUUCCAUCCCCCCCCCCCCCCCCCCUAUGAAAGUAGAGAAGAAGUUGAGAUUUAUUGAGUAGAUUUAAAGUUCAUUACACUACUAAUAUUCUGUUGAGCUCCAAUUCCCUUAUGGACUUUUUUCAAACGUAAUGCACGUAGUCUCUGUUAGUUUCUUUUUAUUUGUGCCAUAAUUCAUUGCCAGUAUUCUAGCUUCAGUGUUUUCAACAUUUUCUCUCAUUAAAAUAUAUCUCUGCUGUUGUGAUAGUAAAACUUGAAGGCCUUAAUGUCAAAACUCCUGGUUUUUAAGCCCUGGUGAUGACUGCUAUAAAGCCUGAAGAUUCUCAUGCACUCUUCUAUUUUGAGCAGCUUCCUUUUUUUUUUGGGUAUAACUUGAAAAAUCACAAAUUAUGCAUUUUGUUUCUAAAUGUAAUGUUCUGACCAAAUCCAACACUCUCAUACCUGAACAUUUAAAUUAUUUAAUAUAUAAAUUAGAAUGUAAGGUGUAUGUAUGUAUGUAUGUUUGUCCUUUAUUGGCAUCAAAACCGUUUGACCAAUCUAGGUAAAAGUUGGCAUGAACGUUCCUUAGAUAAUAGCAGUGAUCUUAGGAUGUUAGGUUGUCCUAUAACAAGAGGCUUUACUAGAUUUAGGUUAAUGAGACAUCUUAACGUAGAUUUUAACUAUUAAAACUACAUAGAUGCCUUUUAUUGCAUAACCAAAAAAAAAAAGAAAAGACCUGAGCAAAGCCGGUAAAAACAUGUAUAUAAAGUUUAUAUAUAAAGAUAAUUUUUAUUCUUUCAUACAUUCUCUACUCUACAAGUAUUCAUUUUGUGUCAGGUGCUAGAAGUUAUUGUGUUUAUAGGAAGUUAGAAGGCUAGUCUUUAUAAUCUUCAUUGUAAGUCAGUAGGAUAGGCUUUAUAUAAUCCUUACAAUGCUGACACAACAAAUUUUUUUAUUUUCUUUUUUUUAGUAUUUUGAUAUCUUUAUAUGAAAAAUAGAGAACACAUUUUCUUCCAAAAAGAAAAAAAGACAAAACAUUAAUAUACAAUGGAGGUUGAAGAGGGUUUAGAGCGCUUCCUUCUCAACAUGUUUUCUUGUGAUCUGAUCAGCAGCAUUAUUAUAAGUGGAAACCAAGCUUUUUGAGCCAACACUGGCCACAUCUCAUUAACAAAUUGUUGAAUCUGAUGGAACUUAAACCUCUGUGACGUCAUUUUGUACAUUGAGGAGAUGUGUUGGUCAGAUAUGGCCCGCAGGCUGUAGGUUAGGCACCACUGGUCUAAAGAGUCAUGUCUUGCCUCAACUAAAAUGUAUUCUUAAUAACACUGGAACAACAGAAGUUGCUUGCAAGAUACAAUUGUCUACUAUUUUAAUCAUAAUAACUGUUUGAAAUAACAACAGAAAGAACUCUAAAGAGAUUACUUGUUCACAAAUGGGGGAUGGUAUUUUGGCUGCAGUCAAUUCUUAAAAUAUCAAACAUAUGAUUUAAUCAAAGUUCUUUUUUUUUUUUUUUUCAAAUUAUGAAUGGUAAAAUUUGACUUCGUCAUUUUAAGUUUACAGGGCACCAGUUUUGGUUGUCACCUAGACUUUAAUGAAAUGCUCUGCUUGUACCAACAUGUAAUUUCAUACGAUGUAUUUUUGCCUUUAUAUGUUUCAGAAAUGUUAUAAUGAAGUGAGUGUUUCUAGUGUGCGCAGCCUUUAGGUUUUACUGUACUAUUGUUGUUGUUUAUGAUGGAUAAGUCUAAAUUCAUGCUUCUGUAAAUAUAAAACAACUGCUGGAUGUGUUUGCUUGGAGAAAAAACAAAGAUAUAUCAAAUCAUUUCUAUUAUUCAAAUUCUUGUUUCAAAAUAAAUCCAUUUCAGUGAAUUGCCUAAAAUGUAAAUAUAUUUAUUCGUGGAGACAUGUCAGUAUUGUAAUGAUCCGAAACAUUCCAUGAGUUUCUACACAGCUUUUUGUUCUCCCACUUUUAUAGUCAAUUUAUUCAGGCAUAAUUGUUUUUUUUAUUAUUGCUGUAUAUAAAAUGUCCAAUUUGUGAAAUUUGUGAAAAUGUAUGUUGUCAUAUUUACUAUAAAAAUUUUACUGGUACUUAUUUUUUUUUUUUUUUUUUUUUUUUUUUUUUUUUUUUACAAAAUUCAACUACAAAGCUGCCUGGUCUUGCAGUAUGCGCACUGGACUAUCAUUCGGACAUCUCGAUAAUCCCGGGUUCCAACCCUGCCCGCUGCCAUGCCCCCUCAUCCUGCGGGAGGUUUGGACUAGGAAGUAAACUCUCUUUAACUCUGAAGGAACAUCCGAAACAUUUUACAAAACAUUUACAAACAUAUAUUUAUAAUGUCUAUGUUGAGAGAUGGUCAUGUGACUAGGUAGAUCAGAUGAGAGAUGGUCAUGUGACUAUGUAGAUCAGAUGAGAGAUGGUCAUGUGACUAUGUAGAUCAGAUGAGAGAUGGUCAUGUGACUAGGUAGAUCAGAUUUCAUUUGUUUUGCUUCAUGAUGGGGCAGCUUUCUCCUACCCGAUAAUACCUUAAAGCUCUUUUAUAAGGGUGAAUCUGAAGUGUGUUGUCUGCAAACAUGUCUGUAACUAAGGAGAUGCAGGAUGUCUGUUUGACCUUUCUAGGCAACAGCUUUGGAAGUAAGACACAGUUAUAAAAAAAAAUCUGUUUUAACUCUUUCUCUCUUAACUGACGAUACCAGCUUUGAUUCCACCAGAAUGUGAUAAAUAAUUAUGGAGAGAAAGAGUUCAAAUGCUUAUGGGAAAAAAGUUUUGGAAAAUGUUUUUUUUUACUGUUACAGUGACAGAUGUGUAAAAAAUGUAACACAUAAUUGUUACUCUACCAUCAUCUUCUUGAAAAGUGAAAAUUUGUGAAAAAAAAAAAAAAAAAAAACUGCUCAAAGAUUAUUGCAAUUCAAAUUGAUGAAACUUUUGAAAAUUGUUCUGUGAUUUGUUGAUAUUUUAUGACUUUUUUUUAAAAUGCUUAGACAGCUGUCAUGAACCAAUCAUUAUUUCCUGUUGGCUAUAUAGAGAUAUAUGUCCCUAAUUUUUCUUUUUUAAUUGCUUCCAUUUUUUUGCAUCAUUUCCUUCAUUUACGUAACUCACCAACAAUUGGCUAUGAGCUGUUUUUUAAAAUAGCUUUUAUGUAAGGCAACUUUCAUGCUUAUAAAAGCAUGCUCAGAGCGCUAUGGUCCAAUCUCAUUUGUGGACCAGUGGGGGGAGGGGGUAUUUGGGAGGAUGUUUUCUGUGCUGCCUAUAGAAGCUCAGUAAACACAACUCUGCUCCAGGCGGGUGUUGAACCUUAAGCUCCCUUGUUAGGUAACCAAGCAGAGUUCAAGCAGACUUAGCCUCUCGGCCACACAUCCCAAACUUCACUUUAUAAAAUUAGUCGGCUCAAUUUAUUCAUAUAGCAGGCACCUAGUUUAAGUUUAACUUUCAUCUAAAUACAGCUUCCCAUUCUAAAAUACAAGGAGUUUGUCAAUCUGUAAAUACUAUCUUUGCAUCCAAUGACGUGAUAAUGUCAGAGUUCAAUAUAAAGCUUUGUAUGCUCCAUUACAAAACAACAAGGUAGAAUCAGGGAGUGAACUGCUGAGAGCUGAGUAAGAUGUGAAGUGCUGCUACAAGUUGUGUGUGUGAAGCAAUGUGUGACAGAGAGUGCUAUGUAAUGCACAUUGUGAACUUAAUGACCAAAAAUAAAAUAUUCAUGUUUUUUUUUAAACCAUAUUGUCUUUCCGACAAGAUUUUUUACCAUGUGCAUUCUGUAGAGUCUAAAAACAAAUAUAUCUAACUCCUCCAUAAUAGUCAAGGAUGAGCAACUUGAAGAUGGCUAAGAAAGUCAAUGUUCAAUUUGAAAAGUUGGUUGCAUACAAGGCGUGGGGCAGGUUGGGUCUGUCGCAGCAUUGUCUGCCUUUUCUCUUAGUAUAUCUGUUAAAAAUUCUUUUUUCUUUGCUGAUGGCUGGAGUCUUUUGUCUCACAGUUUAAAAGAAUGACAUUCAUGGCUCUACCCAAAACGUAAAAAAUAGAUUACAUCAUCUAGUUUGUUUUUACUGAUCUGUAGAUGCAUUAGCAGCACUUAAAAAAAAAAUACAGACGUAACUUCAAAAAAAGAUGAUUAUGUCAUGUCCUUAGGUCAAUCUAGUCAAGCAUGUUAAUCAGUGAUUUAAAUUCUGCCAAAUCAUUGGUUUUUUCCUGGCUAACUCAGGCUUCACCUCACCAAAUGUAGACAUAACUUUUUGUUUGAUUAUGAGACAUCAGCACUAAAACACUUUAUUUUAUAAGACAUAGUAUGGAAAAUAUGUAUGGAACAAAUGAAGACAACCACUAAGGUUAUUUCACACCUUGAGCACACGGAAUAGCUGUUGAAAAUCUACUUAGAUGUUUAUAGGAUAUUUUGAUGAAAACUAAAUUAUUUAAAUUAUUGAAAAUUUUCAUUAAAAAUAUUUUUAAAAUGCAUCUGUACCGGUAUGUUGGAUAGUUUUGAGAGAGAGAGAGACAUUCAGGCCAAUGUGAUAUUUGAUCAGCCUAACUCUCAAUAAAUGUGUGUACAUCUACCUUGCUUGUGUGUUUUUAGAAACUGAAGAUUGAUUCUUGCUGUGACCUUAAGUAUUGUUGCCCUGCUUUUUUAAAUGCAUAAAUUUGGAAAAAAAUUAAUAAAAUACAAUUUUUUUUG